AUGGCACCCAAUCCUGCAUAUAGACGCCUUAAUCUGUGGGUACGAUAUAUUAUAUGCAUAUUUUAUUCUGACAGGGUCUUCAGGUAUACUACCCGCGAAACGUACACGUUCGUUCCAGCAGAUGGUGGGGACCGUAGUCUUACGGUAAAUAGGACGUCUGGGGAGAUUCAAGUUGGAUCCAAUUUCCAGACUAGUGUAAAUAAUGUCGACCUUAAGAGCUCCGAUAUUUUCGGAAUAAUUGGAAUAAUUUCGUUAGCUAUCACCGACUACAUUGUCGUAAUGACUGGUCUCGAGUUCAAGGGCGAACUACUUGGCCACGAAGUCUUCCGUGCCACCAAGUUCGAAAUGCUACCCAUGAAUCCGGACGUCGAGCCAGAAUUAUACCCAGCUGAAAAUUAUUUAAUGGGAUUACUACGAAAUCACCUUGAGACUGGACUGUUUUGGUUUAGCUAUACUUGGGACUUGACGCGUCGCUUGCAGGCGCAGUGGAAUGAUAAUAGUGAUGGCAAGUUCCUAUGGGAGGUUGCAGAUGAUAGAUUCUUUUGGAAUAAGUAUGGAACAACAUUUUGGGAUUCGGCUUACUCUACUAAAGUAAAAACAAAGAUUGGCCCCUUUAUUUUGCCUCUCCUAUUUGGCACCUUCGAUAUUCGGCCAACGACUUUAAAUGGCUAUUCGAUGCGUCUUUGCCUGAUCAGCCGACGUUCGCGAUACCGCGCCGGGACGCGUUACUUCCGUCGCGGCAUGGACCGCGAUGGCCAUGUCGCGAACUUCAAUGAAACGGAGCAAAUCUUACUUGUCGACAAGAACGGCAAGGGCUUAGGCGAACCUGGAACACGUCUCAGCUUCGUCCAGGUCCGAGGAAGCGUCCCACUCCACUGGGCCGAAAUCAAUAAUCUUCGGUAUAAACCCGAGUUACAGAUCAUGGAGUUACCAGAUACAGAAACUGCUAUGCGUGUCCAUUUACAAGAACUCGUCAGUAUAUACGGAGAGUCGGCUCUUGUCAGUCUUGUUAACCAGAAGGGCCACGAACUACCGCUCAAGGAGGCAUUUGAAAGGUACAUCCAGAAGGUCGUGCGAAACUUUGCUCAGCUGAACUUACCUAAAGUAAGAUAUGAGUAUUUCGACUUCCAUGCUGAGUGCAGCAAGAUGCGUUGGGACCGAAUAAGUCUCCUAAUCGAUAAAUUAAAGGGCGACUUGCUUCGGGAUGGGUACCUGCAGCAAGGUGUUAUCCGGACAAAUUGUAUGGACAAUCUUGAUCGGACCAAUGUCGCGCAAUCUGCUAUUGCGAAGUGGAUGCUGAACAGGCAGUUGCGCGAUAUCGGUAUACUCAAAGAGCAUGAAAGUGUGGACACGUAUGAUGAUUUCAUGCACCAUUUCCGAAACAUGUGGGCAGAUCAUGCAGACUUAAUUUCAAAAGCGUACAGCGGUACUGGAGCUCUCAAGACUGACUAUACGAGAACCGGUAAACGGACAAAUAAUGGUCUCCUCGAAGACGGUCUGAACUCCGUCAUGCGCUAUCUGAAGAACAAUUUCUUGGACGGCCCGAGACAGGACGGCUUCGACCUCUUCACUGGUGGAUGGACGCCACAACGGGGCCGCUCUGCUUUGGGCAACCUCUGCCUGGACACACGGCCACUUUUUAUUCGAGCUAUUCCGACGCUCGUGUCCCUCUCCUUGUUCAUGAUCUGCGCUGGUCUGACGCUUCCACGAUCUUCUGACUAUUCCCUUUCCUACUGGUUUGCUUUAUGGAUGUCCCUAUUCGUUCUUGCUAUCGGCUUUGUUUUGGCACACGGAGUGGCGUAUGUCUCUUGGCCUCGGCUGAACCCGAUGACGGACCUGAUAGAGUACAACGGACCUGGAUUCAAAGGCAAGAGACAUGGUCGCGGUCUAGGGCUGGUCGCUGCGCCUGGAUUGCGACAGUCGCAGUUCACGAAAAAGCGUGUGCAUGCGCAGGAGAUCGGAUUGGGGACGUUUGCGAAGAAGAGGGUCGAUUAG